AUGUGGAAGAGAAGUUACCUAGGAGCUGCUUACUACAUCCUCCGAUUUUCUUUAUAUUUGCGAAUUUUGUGUGAGAUAGGCCUGGCACAGGCCGACGAAACUCUUCUACUUCCUUCGAAAGAUAUUGAUACUGAUAUUUUCCUAGAUUCUUAUUCCGCCUACAACCUUUACACCAUCAACGAAAAGAAAGUCAACUCAACCGUCCUCAUUUACGUCACACCGUGGAACAAACGUGGAUUUGAGAUUACCAAAACAUUCGUAGCAAAAUUCGACAUUAUUUCGCCCGCAUGGUUUCAAGUACUCGAACGGAAGAAAGCUUACACUGUAACUGGGAUCCCGAAUAUAGAUACAGGUUUCCCCGUAGCAUUAGUUACGAGCAUUUUUUUUAGAGUGGAUGACAAAGUUGAAGAUAUCCAACUCAGAAGCGAAAAUUGUUCCCAGGUUUAUUUUCGAGGCUUGGAAGGCUGA